AUGAGGGCUGGUGCUGGGAUUGUCAUUAUCACCCCGAAAGGAUUACAGUUGAAGCAUUCUUUUAGGUUGGGAUUCAGGGCCUCUAACAACGAAGCUAAGUACGAAGCCCUGCUCAUUGGGUUGAGAACUGUUUUAGAUAUGGGUGCCCAGGAUGUGGUGAAACAAGUCAUGAGUAAGUUUUGUACAGCAAAGGUAACUCAGGUUCCCCGGAGACAGGAUAGACAUGCCGACUCUCUAGCCACGUUGGCAUCGUCAAUGAUGGAGGAUGUACCUCGGUUAAUUAAGGUGGAACUCAUAGAGGAGCUGAGUAUUGAUACAGUGGUUGGUGUUGAUGUUGUGGCAGAGGCGAAGGCGCUAGCCAAUAUUAGGGACGUAGAUGUUAAAAAGUUCGUGUGGAAGAACAUCAUCACGAGAUUUGGGGUGCCGAACUCCCUUAUAUCAGAUAACGGAUUGCAAUUCGACAACAAGGCCUUUGCGAGUUUAGUAGUGAUCUCAACAUCAGGAACAGCCCCCACUCACCACUUCAAAAUUUUCAAUCUCCCAUUUAAUUAUUUUCAGAUUUCUCGCUUCUUUUUAGUCUCAUUUUCUGCCUCCACCCACAUUUUCCUUUCACUCACUCUCUCUCUCUCUCUCUCUGCCACGGAUCUCCCUCACCCAAUCUUGCCGUUGACAACCACCAUCCACACUACAACUGUCAACGACAACGUGGUGGCUUCCCUUCUUCAUUUACCAGCCUUCCCCUUCACCCAUCUCCUCUCUAGCUCUUCUUCUUUACUCAAAUCUCAUCCUCUCUCCUCCAAAAUUUCAAACCCCAAGCCCCGCCUCUACCCAAAGCUAGACAUGAAUGUCCUUAUAUGUGGAUUAACUUGCAUGCAGUACAAGCUCUAUGUUGAUGGAAAAUGGGGAUAUGAUGAAUCUGAACUUCAUGUGACUGGUGAUUAUGGGAUUGUGAACACAUUACAGUUGUCUACGAAUGACAUGGAUGUUGAUAAUGAUGCCUUUUCGGCAUGUGGUCAAAAGGUCACAUGCCUUGGGUUAUAGAUGACGUCAAGGGGAGAUAUAUUUCAUUGCAACAAGUUUUAGCUUGGUUGCAUAUCUUCAUGAGGAAUUCAUUAUCAUUUGAUUAGUAUUUGAGUGAAUAGAUUCAAACUUAUAUUAUGUAUAUGAUAUUGAACUUGGGUAUUAUUUUCCCUUAUUAGUAGUUAUUGAUUAAGCAGUUGUUAUACUUA